AUGGCCAACCCAGAGGAAAAACUGGUCCUCAUACUGGAAAAGUUGGAAGCUCUGGACACUAGUGUUCAGGAACAACUUGGUACUGUGAGUGUUGAAAUUGCACGUUUGGAAAAUUACAUCGGGGAAAGUACUCAAAGGGUGCUGGACGAAGCAAAGUCUUUCACUGUGGAACAGUGUAAGGAAGUGGAAGACAAAGUUAGUGAACUGGAAAGUAAAGUGGACAGUGCUGUGAGUGACCUGAAAGACUAUGUGAGGCAAGAGUUGGCUGUAGUAAACGCCAACUCAAGAGGAAAGGCUGGUAAGGUGAAAAGUGAACCUCCCAGUGAGAACAGUGCACCUCCUAGUGAUAAAAGUGACAGUGAGGGGGAAGAAUGGCCAGUAUGUGGUGGGGCUGCACCUGUGAGCUUCAAGCCUCUGUCACCACCAAAUUCUUGUCCCUCCUCCCCUUCGCCACCAGGUAGUGUUGCUAGUUCCACUCGCCGUUGGCGUCACAGGCUGCCAAGGCAAAAGCUUCAAGAGUUUGACGGUUCUGUCUCCUGGGAAGCCUAUCGAGCCCAGUUCGAACUCUUGGCUAGUGCUCGGGGCUGGGACAGAACUGAGAGAGCCUUGCAGCUGGUGGGGGCACUGAAGGGACCAGCACUGGAGGUGUUGAACCAGUUACCAGCCUCUGAUCAUGCCUCGUACCGUAAAGUGGUUGCCGCCCUGGAGAGAAGGUAUGGACACCAGCACCAAACAGAAGUGUACCGCGCAAGAUUCAGGGGCAGGACAAGAGGUUCAGGUGAAUCUCUAACUAACCUCGCGCAGGACCUGGAGGUGCUAGUAAGAAGGGCGUAUCCGGGAGCGAGUGAAGACAUGGUGCAGGUUCUGCUGCGGGAUCAGUUUGUGGACGCGGUGGAUAAUGUGCAGAUCCGUGUCUACAUCCAGCAGGCUCAUGUACAAUCUCUGCAAGAGGCUCUAGCCAGGGGUCUGGAACUGGAAUCAAUCCUGCGCAGUAUUCCCUGGAAAGUGACUUCUUACCCUGACACGCAAGCACCAUUCAGGGCCAGGAGGGGGCGCAGGUCUCCCUCCUCGACGUCACAGUCCCCACCUCCAGGAGAGUUUCGAGGGAACUGCUUUGGGUGCGGACAGCCAGGCCACAGCAAGAGAUACUGUCCUCAGAAGAAUCAGGGAAAGAGUGCAUCUGGACAGUAUCAGUACCGCCCUUGCUGUUGGCACUGCGGGAAAGAGCAUUUAGCUAGCUCCUGCCCCACCGCUCCACCGACUGUCACGGUACAGGGACAGGUGGACAAUAAACCCUGUAACUUGACGGUGGAUACGGGAGCGGAGCGAACUUUCCUGCGAGAGGACACGGUGGCGGCCGACCUUGAACCCUCAGGACAGCAGCUGAGUGGCGUGACGGGCCAUUGUAUGCAGCUGAAGGGUCCAGUGCAGGCAAAGGUUACUGUUGGGGAUGUGGAUGAAACCCUGCCAGUUUAUGUGGCUGACCUUGAGGAGAACCUUCUAGGCCUGGAUUACCUGAAGGAGAGUAAGGCGGUACUGGACUUCGGGGACAUGACAAUGGGGAUCGGUAACAGGAAGGUGCCGCUGCUGGAGGGAGGCAGUGACGUGCGAGUGUUGACGGCAUGUGCCACUCGCAUUCCCCCCAUGUCCGAAGCCAGUCUCCGCUGCCGUCUUAGCAGGAUGAUGGAGGGUGAAGGCCUGGUCAGUCCAUCCUCACAGCAAUCUCUGCCCGAAGGAGUAAUCGUCGGCCGGACUCUAGUACCACCAGAACAGGAAGAAGUACGGGUAGUUGUUGCCAAUCUUUCCUCCGAGCCACGGGAUGUACGGGAAGGUGCGUUGAUGGGUACGUGUGAAGUGGUGCAACGAGAAAAGAGUACGGAGGUUAUGCCCAGUGGUCCGCAGGUCUGUGACACGGAGGUCCCCUCACACCUGCAGGAUUUAUGGCAGCGGAGUGUUGUCUGCCUAACGGAGGAGCAGGCUGGGGAGGCCCACAAUCACACGGGAGACGCUAGGCCCAUCAAGACCCCACCUAGAAGGAUCGCACCUGCUCGGAGGAUCGAGAUGGAAAAGGCAGUGGAGGAGUUAAAGGCUCAGGAAGUGAUUGAAAAAUCGUCGAGCCCAUGGUCAUCUGCCGUGGUUCUGGUGCGGAAGAAGGAUGGUACGUCACGUUGCUGUGUGGAUUACCGUUCUUUAAAUGCUGUGACAACCAAGGACUCUUACCCACUGCCAAGGAUUGACGAUACGCUGGACUCUUUGGCUGGUGCAUGUUGGUUUUCUACCCUUGAUUUGAAAUCUGGGUACCACCAAGUAGAAAUGGCAGAGGAGGAUAAACCAAAGACAGCGUUCACUUAUGGACAAGGACUGUGGCAGUUUCGUGUGAUGAGCUUUGGUCUAGUGAACGCACCAGCGACGUUCGAGCGGUUAAUGGAGCGAGUUUUGGAUGGUCUGUUGUGGAAAAGUGCCCUGGUGUAUCUGGAUGAUGUGUUAGUUUAUGGAAGCACGUUUGAAAAGGCACUCGAGAGACUGGAAACUGUGUUGGACAGGUUUAGAACUGUGAACUUGAAACUGAGCCCAAAAAAAUGCUGCCUGUUCCAAAAGGAGGUACCUUUUCUAGGACAUGUGGUCAGUGGCGAUGGAGUUAGAACGGACCCUGGAAAAGUGGAGGCGAUAAGUGAGUGGCCGAGGCCACAAAAUGUUCGUGAAGUGCGAGGGUUUCUGGGGCUGUGUGCAUACUAUCGUCGUUUUGUGAAGGGAUUCUCACAGUCUGCCGCUCCACUGCACCACCUUACUAGAAAAGGCGCCAGGUUCCUGUGGGAUGACGAGUACCAGGAAGCGUUUCAACAGCUCAAAGAGGCGCUCGUGAGUGCUCCAGUGCUGCCAUACCCCGAUCCGGCAAAGCCGUACAUCUUGGACUGUGACGCGAGUGCUGAGGGUGUGGGUGCUGUCCUGUCCCAGUUGAAAGACGGACAGGAGCGAGUGGUCUCGUACUUCAGUCACAAGUUCACUGCCCCGGAAAGGAACUAUUGUGUGACGCGAAAAGAGCUCUUGGCUGUGAUUAAGAGCGUAGACCACUUCCACCCCUACCUUUACGGGGCUAAGUUCACCGUCCGGACAGAUCAUGCUGCUCUCAAGUGGUUGAAGACCCUCAAGAACCCUGAGGGACAGCUUGCUAGGUGGAUCGGCAAGCUGGAGCAGCAUGAUUACACCAUAGAGCACCGACCAGGGCGAGUACACAGUAACGCAGACAGUCUCAGCCGUCGCCCAUGUUCUCAGGCGUGUGCACACUGUCAGAGGCGUGAAGCUGACCAGGAUUUGGUGUGUAACAGAGGGACUCUUACUGCUAAUUCCAGCAAGUGGAUACAGGACCUUAUUCAGGCCCAGAGAGAGGACGCUGAUGUCGGGCCUAUAGUGGAAAUGCUGGAGGAAGACAGUGAGAGACCCCCUUGGGAAUGGGUGGCUGCGUUUAGCCCUGAGACUAAGUUACUGUGGAAAGAAUGGGAUGUGUUGAGAAUGUCCGAGGGUGUACUACAAAGGCAUUGGCAGACCAGUGAUGGGAAGGUAAAGUUCUGGCAGUUAGUGGUUCCUAAGCAGAAAAGGGCAGAGCUAUUGAAAGAGGCUCAUGCAGGAAAGAGCAGUGGCCACUUUGGUGUGAGAAAGACACUCGGGCGAUUACGUCAGCGUGCGUAUUGGAUGAAGAUGAGACAGGACGUUCAAGAGUGGUGCAAAGCGUGCGACGUGUGCUGUGCUAAGAUGGACCCUGGCAGGCGUAAGAUUGCGCCACUUCAGCUCUAUCAGGUAGGGGCGCCCAUGGAGAGGGUGGCAGUGGACAUAGUCGGCCCUUUACCCUGUACUGCGCGGGGCAAUCGCUUUGUAUGUGUAGCCAUGGACUAUUUCACAAAGUGGCCGGAAGCCUACCCUCUCCCUAACCAUGAAGCCUCUACGGUAGCCGAGGUGCUAGUAAGCGAGUACUUCUCCCGUUUUGGUGUUCCUGAGGAGCUGCACUCUGACCAGGGAAGAGAGUUUGAGUCAGCAGUCUUCAAAGAGUACUGUCAGCUCCUCGGCAUACGGAAGACUCGCACCACUCCCCUCAGGCCGCAGUCGGAUGGGAUGGUAGAGCGCUUCAACCGCACACUGGCACAGGAGCUGGCGAAAUCUUGCCAACCGGAUCAAGGAGACUGGGAUCAGCGGUUACCCCUGCUCCUCAUGGCCUACCGGUCGGCAGAACACGAAGCGACUGGGUAUUCUCCUUUCCGGUUGAUGUGUGGAAGGGAGAUGCGGCUGCCGAUAGAUGUGGUGACUGGAAGCCCCCCGGAUGAGGAAUUGCCCACUAAUGUCACCCCCUAUGUUACGGAUUUGCAAGACCGGCUCAGGGAGGUUCACCACCAAGUCCGGGAUAAUCUGCGGAUUGCUGGAGGGGCAAUGAGAGACCGCUACAACGCCCGGGCUUCCUUCCCACCGUUCCGGGUGGGGCAGUUGGUGUGGCUACACAAUCCUCGGAGACGGAAGGGGUUGUCUCCAAAGCUGCAGAGUCCCUGGGAGGGGCCCUACACCGUGGAGGACCGCAUCACGGACGUUGCGUUCCGGAUUCGUCGAGGACCCCGGACCAGACCAAUGGUGGUGCAUGCGGACCGCCUCUGGAGGUACUAUGGCCCGGGUAUUUUCACCUGGGGAAGACUAGAAGACGCUGAGGCUUCCAACUCUGAUGAGGAGUUGGGUUGUUCUUCUCCAAUGGCCAUGACUGAUGAUGACGUUGAGUACGCUACUGAGGAGCCGCCUGGGGAAGUACCGGCUCCCUUGGAAAGUCCCUUGGCUGGAAGAGAAGACGACACCAUCAACCAGAGGACUGGAGCUGUGGAUGGUACCAACCAGGAACAGGAGACUGUGGAAGAAGGUCGACCGCGAAGGACCCACCGGGCGCCUAGAUGGACCACAGAUUAUGUAAUGGGGGAUUCUGAGAUUAUACAUGUCUAA